AUGACUGGCUAUCUUAUUUGCAUUUUUUCAAGAAAAGACGAGUCCUCAGGGGGACCCUAUCGGAUACAGGCAGUCGCUACAGACCAUAAAGAGUGUUCCAAAAUUGGCAGUGAUAUCCUGAACUCAAACGGUUCGGCCGUAGACGCAGCCAUUGCCGCUACUUUCUGUCUGGGAGUUACAAACAUGCACUCUUCUGGAGUUGGUGGCGGUGGUGUGAUGUUGGUUUAUAUUCGAAAACUCAAGAAAGCCAAAGUCAUCGACUUCAGGGAAACUGCUCCAGGGGCGACGACGUCUGAUAUGUUUCCACCAAACGAAAUUGGAGAAGACAUGUCUGAACGUGGUUUGUGUCCUUUUUUUUGUAGGGUGUAUUGCGAUCAAUAAUCAGGAGAAGAUAAAAGAGGAGAGUUCUUAGUUCUUUUCCCCUCCUUUGCAUCGAUAAUCGUGUUCUUUUCAGAUCAAACCUAUAGGUUCACCAGGACAAAGCAGCGCAUUUGUGAUGGUGCUCACUCUUUUUCCCCUAGACUUUUCCUUUUAUGGGAAGAGGAGUUGACCCUAGAACUCAGACGGAUCUGAUAAGGAAGGUUCAAACUUCUGUACACCGUUGAAUCUGUUAAAAAGUUGAUCUUUUCUGUUCUAACUCGCAGUUAGGUAUUAUUUUCCAUAAAACUUUAACUACGUGGCCUUUUUACAAGCACUACCUUUUUCGGACUUUCGAGGCGUAUUGGUGCACUGAUAUUUUAUGGUAGGAUUGUUUUUUCUGUUGAUAUGAUUAUUUUUCUGUUGGUCUCUGAGUGUGGCGAGGGGAAGUCCAUAUCCUCCAAACGCUCACCCUGGAUAUGCCAGCAGGGAAGGUUUACCCCCCUUCGUUAGCGAGGGUUAUCUUGGAAUUAGACGAUGCCCCGGCCCCUUCAAAAGGGAGGUUAAAAAUGUAGUCUUUUUUAUAGCUGAGUCGAGACCAUGCGUAGGUCUGAUUAUCGGAGGGAGAAAUGUCCACCUACGGGAGCUACGGGAGGUAUUCGUUAAGUAGCGGAGGUUCAACGUAAUUAAAUGAAAAUUAGAAAAGCGCCUAAUGCAAAGGCUAAAUGAAAUCCCGCCCCCGCCCCCCCUCCCCCUCCCCCCUGCCGGACAUAGAGCGGGAGAUAGGGAUUUAACACACAUUUAACGACGGGUUGCGGUGGAUUUAUUAACAAAAUGCCUGUGCGAGCCGGGUAAACAUGAGAGGUGAUUUAACAGCACGCAGACAUUGUCGGAAAAGGAGACAGCGGCGGGAAUUUAACACAAAGGACUAAGCGAAAAACAGUCGGUAUAAAUCAAGUUGACAAUUUGACAAUCAACUUUUUUUCAAUCAAGUAUUCUUCUGUUUUUGCUUUUUGCUUUUUUUUUUUUCACGUAGUUGCAUAACAUACCCAGUAAGUUUCUCGUUGAUCAUACUGUAUUAAAAUCGCUUUUUGAUUGAUAUUAGAGAGUUUUAGAUCCGAGUUUACCGCGAACCUCUAACCGCGGUUUGCCGUUACCCGUUUGCGGUUCAACGUUCAAACAUAAUUCGAUUUAGAUUGGUGGUGGAUUAAAGAAGUGGAUUCUGGUUUAUUUUUCCACUUAGAAAUAGAAGAAAAAUCAGUCAGUGAAAAUAAAAGAAAUUUACGGUAACACUGGGUUAUCUAGCAGCAAAGAGCUGUAAAUUCUUACAUUAGUUCUUCUUGCAAUUUUACGGCCGCCAUUUUGAACCAGCAGCCAUGAAUGGCACUUGUUUUCAAGAUCCAAUAGGAUUUAUCAAAUUUAGCAUUUCGCCCGUAUUUGUGCCUUUGUUAAUGGAUAAAGACUUGCUCCACAAGAUUUUUGUAUCAUUACGUGGGAUAAAACAAGAUUUAUACUCUAAAACGCAUGUCGUAAACCUCAAACGUGACGCGAAAGACUUGUCACGUGACCUCCAGCGGUUAGAGGUUCGCGGUAAACUCGGAUCUAAAACUCUCUAUUAAUGUAAUAUGACUUCUAAGUAGAGAACAAAGUUAGCCUUGUUUUCUGAGUGGUCUAAUGUACGCGCACUUUGAUCCGUUGAAAUGUUGUUACUGGUCAGGAGUGGUUCAUGAGAGGUCAAAUUUCACUGCAGAUGGCGAGUGUACCGUACUUGAAUAUAUAUAGUGGACCUUUGGAACGAGUUGAAUCUGAACUAGGUUGUGUCUAGUAUUUUGUUCGAAAGUACUAAUGACCCUCUGUACAGGACUUUUGACAAACUACUUGACCCGGAGAGCGGGGAAAUUAAGGGCGUUUUAAAACCAGGCCAAUGUUCUCCUGGGGACCGGGCGGCCAGGAUGUCAAUUGACUGUAGCAUAAGACGUUUGAGAUCGUUUGACUGUGCUGGAGCAGCCUGCGCUACUUACAUGUGUUUGUGCAGGAUUUUUUUUUCCUCGGGGCAGGGGUUGGCAGGGGUGCAUGGGUUAAGCGGAGGCGUAAUGAUGGGUUGUAAUGGAGGGGCGAGGAAGAAAGCAGUUUCCGCAAUCUGUUUACUGUCUUCCUGUAAUAAUAAUAAUAAUAAUAAUAAUAAUAAUAAUAAAUAUAAUAAUAAUAAUAACAAUAAUAAUGAUAAUGAUAAUAAUAAUAAUAACAAUCAGUAAAUUUAUCGCUUAUAUUGCGCAAACUUCAUUAUGUGCAUAUGAUCCAAUGCACAUAUUUACAUCCAAAAUCAUAAACAAAAAAUUAUAAAAACAACAUGAUUAAAAUAUACAAAAUAUCUAUUGGACCUAAUAAAAAGCAAGUUUAAAAAUGUGACGUAAGAAAUAUUUAAAAAAUUAUGUAAAUGUAAACUAUGUAAAAAAUUUCACGAUAAAAAUUUACAAAAUAUCUAUAGGACCUAAUAAAAAGCUAGUUUAAAAAAUAUGUCUUAAGCAAUGUCUUAAAAGUAUCAAAAUUUUCCUCUUUACGAAUAUUAACGGGCAAGCUGUUCCACAUUUUUUGUGCAGCAGCCAAGAAGGUAGUCCAUGUACGUUCCGCCUUUCUGCGCAAGCGUUUAGCUUUAUGUAUGUCCUCGUUGUACCAUGGCACACUAAGUCUUGCAACCCGUACGGUCGUUGCGAUGGGGCGAUUACUUUGACGUUCAGUAUUGAAUUUAUUUGUCAAAUGUGUAGUAAAGCCUCGGAAAGGUAGGCGUACCGCAUGAAGUCCAUUUUUGUCCCUGAUGCCCUCCCACUCAAUGCAUUUGAAACCAAGAUGGCUGCACGUUGUAGUAAACACCAAGAGCCAAGAGCCAUAAUGGUCCCAUUAUGGGUCUUGGCACCAGUUAAGGCCCUUUCACUUAAGUGUAAAACAAAACUUUCUUAGCGAGCCCCAUGUUGGAACGAAAUCUGCCACGAUUUAUUUUCUCGCUACCCAUCACAUCCCCGCAUGUCUCGUCAAUCUAAAAAUAAAGAACUAGGUACGAAAUCUGGGGUGUCGUGGAAAGGCCACUCGCGAGCGGCACCCAAGAAGAACUCUGUGAGAUUGGGGUGGCCAGAGCUUGGCGCCUCUCCAUGCACGCUUUGCUCGCCCCUCUACUCACAGGACGCAGGUUGGUACCGUGAAUGAUCGAUUAAACGCCGCGGUGCUUAUACGAGAGCGGUGCUUAUUUCAACUACGUGUAAAAAACUGUGGGGAAUAUAGAGAGAAUUAAGUGGGGCGCGUCGGCGCGUACAAGGUGUGCACAAUUUAUAUAAAAUAUGUACACCUCGAGUUGGUAGAGGUCUUAUUUCUCAAGUGAUAUGGUUUUAAUACCUCUUUAUAUAAAGCGUCGUAACAGAAGGUGGGGCGUUAAUUUGUAAAUACCCAAAUUAGCGCCGAGACGCUUAUUAAAUUAUUUUCGGUAAAGGUGCGGCGCUUAAUCGAUUAUUUACGGUAUUCGAUUUACAACAUUUCUAGGCGGUCUUGCCAUUGCUGUCCCCGGGGAGGUUCACGGUCUUCACAGAGCUUGGAAGGAAUACCAUCAGUUACCUUGGGAGACACUGGUCCAGCCUGCUAUUGAUUUAGCCAGAGAAGGUUUUCCAAUAAGCGCCGCAGUGGCCGAAGCCCUGAGAGAAGAAGAUAUGGUAAUGAAAAUAAAAAACGAUCCUGGGUUAAGGUGAGCUGUUUGAUGGUAGUUAUUUUCGCCUUUUUCUCAUUCUACUCCUUUUACUAUUAUGCUGUCUUUGUUUGAUUCAGCGAACUCCUCCUGGAUAAAAAUGGCAAGCCUUAUAAAGAGGGGACUAUAAUCAAGAACGAAAAGUACGCUAUGACACUGGAAAUAAUUCGAGACGAUCCCGAAUCUUUCUAUAAUGGGCCGCUGGCCAAGAAAAUCUCACAGGAUAUAACAAAACGUAUUCCAGACAAGCAAAGAAAGGGACAGGUAACUGAACAAGAUCUGAGGAAGUACAAGACAGAGAUCAGGGAGCCCCUAGAAAUGGAACUGGCGGGAAUGAAAAUGCACCUCACUCCUCCCCCUACAAGUGGCGCUGUACUAGGUCUCGUCUUAAAUAUACUGAAAGGUAGGUAGGUGUUCUGUUCUCAGUCAUCAUCAUCAUUUAUUUGCCAUAGCAAAAUAUAAAUAAUGCAGUGAAACCUGUGUUAAGGUAUCAUCCACCCUCAAGCACCCUCCCCGCGUUGAUCGGCGCUAGCGCUUUUGCUUUUAAUAAAUACCCCCAUAAACCGUACAUUUUCUGAAAGCUUAAUAGUUCCAGAUUAUUGCUUAUUCCUUUUAAAAAAUCAAAAUAUUAACGCGAUUCAGAAAUGAGAAGCUUUUGUGAAAGUGGGUGUCACUGUAAAUUUAAGUCCAUGCCGGCCAACAAUAAACGGAAGACGCCAAUUAGGUCCAAUUAAGAUCGCAUUCGCUUCUUAACACGUUUGACUAAAAAAACCGUGUCUCAGAUUUUGUCAAGUGGGUUUGUUCUUUUGUUAUAAGCAGUUGAAGUUAGGGAUAGCAAAUCAUUAGCACUACUUGUGAAAAAAUACUCUUACUCGAAAACGAAAAAUCAGGAAAACGGUCGAAGGACGGGCCUCUGAGUUCGACUUCAUCCAACUUCAUUUUUUUCACGGUGACAUACGAGACUCACGGAAAUAUGACACUUUCCGCGGGAAACAAGCCGUUCUAUUUAUAAAUCUACUCGGGAAAGGGUUGACUCAAGAAAUUAAUGGAGAUGGAGGCUCCAUUUGAUGGGCUCCUGGAAAAAUGAAAUCGGCAAAAUUCGCAGAAACGGUUUUUUAGAAAAACUAUCUGACAGUAAGUUGGCCAAAUUUCAGCAAAUUGGUUCACGGGUUGCCGACUUGGAGCUUUAAAAAACGUACUCGCAACUUGCCCUGAUUUUCAUUUCCAGAAAACCACAGGUAGCCCAAGCUCGAAAUAUGAGCAUCGGCGAGCAUCGGCAUUGUUGCGUAACAUUCAAAAUAUAAGGAUUUGUAUGGGAAAAAAACCUAUCGUUUCCGUAACCUACGAAAAUGAAAGGAUUUCAAUAAAAAACAGCUUACCUUACUUAAAAUGUGUGUUACGUCUCUCCUGUGUGGUCCACGGGCCGACUUAUGGCCGUUUUAUGGUGUUUUGCGUUCGAGGUACGUGAACGCAACCCGUAAUUUGUAUUGGGUGUUCUGUGCAUUAUUGGGUAUCCUGUGCAAUUAAUAAGGGCGUUUUUUUCGAGAUUGCAUUUUGGUUCGUCGUCGACACACAUUUGCCUCGCUUUGAGGCGCUUGCUUAAGUUUUGCCUCACUUUGACGCGCUAACUCAUGUGGUGAUUCUUGUGUCCUCGGCGUUCAUCUUUCAAAGGUUUGCUAAGAUCUGAUAUUCUUCGUAAAGCGUUCAUCUUUUAAAAAGUUUGCUGAAUCUUCGUAAAGCGUACAUCGAUCUGUGAUUGCUGAAUCGUCAAAAGCGUUCAUCUUUCAGGAGUUUGCUGUUAAAUUUUACUUUGGAUUAAGCCUCCAUAUUUUCAGCAUGGUUUGUCACCGUCUUUGGAAAAUGUCUGCGACUACUGGUGCAUGCAUCAAACCGGGUUUAGUUCGGCGGCCGUUAUGCCAUAAAGUAAAUUUACCGAGUUGUGUAGCUCGGCGGCCGUUUCGUCACAAAGUAAAUUUACGAUUUGUGUAGCUCGGCAGCCCUUGUGCCACAAAGUAAAUCUACCGAGAUGUGAAGCUCGGCGGCGCCAUUUGACGAUGACUUGUGAUAUUUUCGGCACCGGACAAACGAACACUUUAACUCUAUGUUAUUUAUUAGGAAAACCUUAUAAAUCAGCCCACAGUAGCGCCACUCUCGAGUCACUGAAAUCAACACGCUCGACCAAAUUACUGGAAAAGUUAUUGACGUGAGCCGCACACACGUUCCAUUGAAGGCUUUGAUAGGGUUAGUGCGAAGGUUAAAUUCAGAUGUGAAAGCUUUUAAACCAGUAAAUUCAAUGUAAUUCAUUUUAUCAACAAGUUGAUGAUUGCAUGCUCUUAAAAAUAACAGAGAAAAUUAUCCGAAGAAAUGUUUUGGAAGAAAGAAAAAGAAUCCCUGGUUGAGCACUAAUCGGCCUUUGAGCAAUUGCGCCCUGUAACUCGCGCCAGUAAAACAAACUGUUCUAUCUACAAUGUCUCCGCCUGGUCUCCUCCGAUUACAAGCACUUGACACCGAACCAUACGAUAUCUUUUCAAAACCUUCUAAUAAUGAUACACAGUUUAAAAAGAGGUUUCGCUGUACGCAACCCUUAAGUUCAAAAUAUGUCAUAAUCAUAUUUAUUUAUAUCGCAACCACCCUUCCCCCUUAACUGCCACCUGUACGCCUAACAAACAUAUCGAACGCACUCUCCUAAGCUCCAAUUACUCCUAGUUAUGUAAACAGUUUUCUCUAUAUAAAGGUUAACCGUUAUAUAGAGAGGAAUUGAAAUCCUUUCAUUUUCCUAGGUUACGGAAACGAUAGGUUUUUUUCCCAUACAAAUCCUUAUGUUUUGAAUGUUACGCAACAAUGCCGAUGCUCGCCGAUGCUCAUAUUUCGAGCUUGGGCUACCUGUGAGAAAACAGGGGAAAAAGAUUUUUGGCGGCGUAUUACCCGUGUCGAGAUUAUAACAGAUUAUAACACCAAAGCUGUCAAUGUUUAUGCAUACCAGAAAAGGGACAACAAUAGUGACACAGCAAGAAAAGGUUACAAACGAAACCCGACAACAGAUGAACAAUUUAUAAUUAUUUCAAAGCCCGGGGAGGGCACUUGGGUAUUUUUUGGGUGGGUAUGUGCCGCCCGGGACUCCAAAUUGGCACCCCGUUCUAAAAAAAAAUUCCCCUGAAAUUGAUACCCCGUUCUAGAAAUGGGCCAAUUUUUUAUACCCCGUUCAAGAAUUCGCCCUAAAACUAAAACCCCGUUCUAGAAAUGGGCCCAGUUUUUAUAUUGCGUUCUAGAAAGUUUGUAAAUUGAAAUAGUCCUGUUUUUUUAAAAAGCUAUUUCUUUAUUUGUUCGACUUAUACAUCAAAUAAAUACUUCUUCAUAAUCAGCAACAAUUUUAAGAAGAGAAUAAAGCCGUGAUCCACAAUUUUUUAUACCCCGUUCUAGAAAACGCCUCUGAAAUGGAUACCCCGUUCUAAAACAGGAGCUUCAAAAUCACGACCCCGUUGGGCGGCACAUACCCGUAUAGGUAAUGUAUGGGAGUACCCCCCCGGGUUUCAAAGGCUCUGCUCUGUUCGAUCCUUCUGUUGUCGAGAAAGCAUCUUUAGUUGUUUGGGACGGGCAGAUACUGAUACAUUUUCUAAAAGUUCGACACUUCCCUGGAAAAAUCGAUAACAAACCGCUUCCUGGAGUUUUCCUUGAAGCUGCUCUCCCGCAAUAGACUUUCAAAAACGUCCUUCGUCCGAUUUUUAUAUGGUGCGGGACCUGUCGCGAAUUUGUCACUCGCUUGGCUGCUGCGCGGCCUAAAAAGCUCGCUCCGCUCGCUAAGGAACUCGUGAAACUCGAUUUCGCGGUGGUUUCAAUGGGUUUUUCAGAAGCUUUGUCAUCUUUUAGCCAUUUUUCUUGAUUGUAGUAGGAGCCCUUGUCGCUCUCUGCUAAUUUCGAAGCCUACACUUUCCAAAACGAUUUUGUCGUCUUCUUUCGUGUUGGAGUCGAGGACGAAAACGGACAAGCUCUUUUUUCUUCUUUGGAGGCAUCCACUUCCAAAAUCCAGGAAAAAACAGUGAGCACUUUAAUUGAUCACUAUACUUGUAGACCACGAUUUCUAGACUACGAGUAGUCGCCCAUUUUUCCUCAGGGACAGUAGAGCGAGGGAAACGCGAGCGCGCGUGAAAAUCACCCCACGCGAGAAAAGUAGACACGCGGCGGGGAGAGAGAAAAAUGUGCCGCCUUUUCUCGCGUGGGGUGAUUUUCACGCGCGCUCGCGUUUCGCUCGUUCUACUAUCCUGAGGAAAAAUGGGGGACUACUCGUAAUCUAACGAUUUCUGUCAAAUUGCGUGAUUAGCUUGGUUCAACAGCGGCAUGCGUAUCAAGUAUGACAGGACUUGUUAACGAUCAAUUAAAAUAAUUAGCGUAGAAAAAACUUUUGUGCUCCAUAAGUCUGCACAGAAAAAACAUUUUUUCCUGGAUUUUUUUUUAAAAGAAAGCUCUUGAUGAGCUCUACUUAAUCAUCUAAACAUUUAAAAUUUCGAAAAAUGAUGAUUUUUUUUACGCGGGAUGAUACCUAAAACGGACCCAUGAUAAGCGAUCAGAUAUACUGACGUAAUUCCCUUUUAAAUACUUAUCUGUUAAAAUGAAUAAUUAUGAAAAAGGAAUUCCUCUGUCAAUUUGUACAGCAUAGAAGAAAUAGAAUUUUCAUUCACCAGCAGGUUUAAAAGAGCGCUGGUGCGGAGCUCCCUGAAUGUACCAUCAGCUACACUUAUUUAAAGAUCUUUAAAAAUUAUAGGUUACGACUUGACUUCAUCAGCUCGUGAUGGUACGAAAGCCUCCGUGUUGACAUAUCACCGGAUCAUUGAAGCUUUUAAGUUUGCUUACGCAUGGCGAGGUCAACUUGGAGAUCCCGAUCCCAGGUUUAAUAAGAAUAAGAAGAUAAACCAAGUAAGCGAAAGAUACUUCUUUCUAACCCUCCUCCCAGUUGCACCUUCAGCGGGGGAGAAUAUGGAAUCUUACUGUUCUCUUUAGAAUAUGCAGCUUUGAAACUUUCUUUUUUUGUAUUUAGCAAUAAAUCUAGUUGCAGAUUUCGUCAAUUUGAAAAGCCCCUUAUUUAAUAAGGUAUUCCGUGUCUAAAAGACAAAGGGCAAAGUAAGUUUCAUAGUUUUUGUAAACUACCGGAUAAACAGCUAUAACCGUUGGAUAAAAAGAGAAAAAAAGAAUCUAAUGGAUACAUUUAAUCUCAGGGGGGUUCGGAUCCCUCGAACUCAUCUCCUUCAUGAUUCGCCAGAAUAUACGUACUCUUUCUUUCUAUGGCCAUUCCUUCUCUCCCCCUCCGUCCUUAGUGUACAAUAACACAAAAUAUGAAGCAACUCGAAGCAUUGCGAAGUUGCAUAACAGGCUCUGGAAUUUUCAGCGCCGAAAUCUUGUUGACGUCUUUCCUCUGCACAUUGAGCAAAAUAUGACCGAUAGAACAACAACUGGGCGGCAAGCAACAUAAACUAAUUAAUUACUACGCGUGGGUCCAUUUUAAACCCAUCUUCUGCCUUUGACAGGCGUUGUCCCUCCCACCUGCUACAGAAGCCAAUCUGAUAUAUACAAAGUUGUUAACUCUAGAAAUUUUCCGUGCCGAAUAUGUCUACAUUUUUCUUUUCAGAUUGCGCAAAAGAUGAUACAACAACAGUUUGGUGACGACUUGCGAAGAAAAAUAAAAGAUAACGGGACAUACAAAGAUGUGUCUUUCUACGCGCCCUCAUAUUCUGAUGCUGAUUAUGGCACCACACACCUGGCGGUUUUAGCAAAAAACGGUGACGCAGUUUCAGUGACAUCCACUAUAAAUUACAGGUUUGUUUAGUAAAAGACAAUGGGUCUGGAGAAAACGCUUAUCCUAAAUCAGGAGCCGCCUAAAUUUCGUAUUUACUCGAGGUGACGCCUUUUUUCCAUACUCACUGAGAGGUUUCAAGAGGAUGGGUUCGGAUGUGAUUGAUUGCUGAUUGGCAUUUCUCGCUAGAUAUUUAGAACAGGAUGAAGUUUUCUCUAGACGUAAAUCUUAAAGUCUACCGGUGCCUUUGGGAAUAUUCAUGGUCACAGAACCUGUCACGUGGUCAAAAAUUCAAAAUGAAUAAUAACAGGAGCCGAUUACGGCUCCUGAUAAUAAGAGACGUAAUUAUUCAUAAAAAUAUUUCUUCGUUUAUGAUUGGCUCAAAUCCCCCAGCUAACUCUUCAUAACCAGCUAGCAUUGACCAAAUCCAGAAAAGGUUUGUGAUAUCUGUAAAAUUACCUCAAUAACUGGACAGGGUAUCGAGGGAAAGAGGGACUGGACUGUAACCGAGAAGACCUGAGACGAGGCUUCUAAGCUCAGAUGUUUUGGUAGAGCUGGAGAAAAGGGCACCAGAAAUUCCACACGUUUUGUGGACAGCAGCAAAAAUUCAAAUCGACGGAUGACAAUUGCUAUUAAAUUUCGUGUACCUUUCAGACAGGGACAAAGAGACUAUAACAAUAUAAAUUAUCGUCUGCCAGAGCUCUGAGAGCUGGUUUGCACGUGACGUCACGGCGGCCAUGUUGGAGGUUAAGAACAAAAGCAUUUCUCUCCUCCGGGAACUAAACCCCAUUUUCAUGCAAAUUCUUCGAGGAAAAAUUCUAUUGUAUUGAUCCCCCAACAUGGCCGCCUUUUGACGAGGUUGCAAACUAAGAAUUAGUACAUCUAGACAUCACCAUUGUCGCUCUUGUUUACGAACAUGAUUUCUGAUCUUGACAGAUUUGGAUGCCUAUAUCGAUCCACCCUCACUGGGAUUAUCUACAAUAAUCAAAUGGCAGAUUUUGAUAUUCCUAAAAGAAAAAAAGGUGGCGUUAAAUCAUCUGAGGUUAAUAGUCCAGAAGCAUACAAGCGGCCUUUCUCGUCCAUGUCCCCUGCCAUUUUGACGAAUGAUAGUGGUGACGUACAGCUUAUAAUUGGUGCGUCUGGAGGCAAAAGAAUUGCCACAGCUGUCUCUCUGGUAUGACAUAACCUUAUGAAUUUCAGUUAAACUUCAAUUAAGCGGCCACCCUCGGGGUAUCAGCAAGUCGCCACUUUUGAUGGAGAUUGGCCGCUCAAUAGAGGUUUGUCAUAAAUUAGCAUAAUCUUUAGCUGAAUCAUCACGCGACGGGAGCGACAUUUAUAUUGGUCCAGAAUGAGUCGUCACCUUCAUUUUUAUCUCGGACAUGAUUUUCCUUUAUCACAUUGUGAAGAUAACACCAAACUAAGUGUGUUAAGCACUUGGUGACCGAUCAAUGCAUUAUGGAGGUGACAACAAUACAAUGAACAAGAAGAGAACGCUCCUCCGGAUGGCCAAAGGUGACUAAUCUGCUACACAGCCGUUUUUAGUGUCAUCACGCAACCCUCCGCCCCAAACCGCUUAACAGUGGUUCAUUUACAGUUAUUUUCUAAAACUAUUUCGGGCCUUUGAUUACUGACCGCUUAACAGUGGUUGGACGCUUAAUGGAGGUUCAACUGUGCUAGAAAUGUUGUAAGAGAAAUAAAAUGCAUUAUUCUGCGAUGCGAGCGAGCAAACACUCAGUGUUUGUUUUCCCGCCAUCUUUUUCCCGCCCUUGAUAUAGAAAACAGGAUGGAAUUGGGAGAGAGCAGAAAUGCUUACGGGUAGUUUAGCUACAAAGUCAUCUUGCCACAAGUUGCGAUAGUUUCGCUGCAUAUCGAAGUCGUUUCGCAUAACUUUGGAAAACAUACAAUAAUCUGUGGUUUUAGCAAUCGACGUGAAGUAAGAGCCACAUAAUUAAGCCUUAAAGUGACACAGUCAGCUUUGGGACCGCGCUGACCUGAACACUACUUUUGCCGGUUUGAAAAGGGUUUACCUCAAUCCGAAAUCAAAUCUAUGCGUCGAAUACAUCUAGAAAUCCGCCUAGUGUUUCAUUCGAUGUUCGAUCUUUUACGAAAGUGCAAAGCUUUUUUUUGUGCCAACUUUUACUCAUCCUCCUACUACAUUACUUUAUCAUAUUUGGUUAAAAACAGUCUCCAAUUGAACAUGAAAAGAAGAGGUGAGAAACCAGAGGGCGCCGAGAGGGAGAAUUCGCUUUGUUAACCAAAUAACAAGAGAAAUGAAUCAAUAACAUUGCAGAGCGAAUAAUCGUUACAGGUAAUUGGAAAAUCGAUGUAGACAGGUCACAUAUAUUUGGAAAAUUGAGCUUUCUUGACGUUGAACCUUCGACGAUGAUUCAGACUUCGUGUCAUUUCUCACCUUAGCUGAUUCUUCGAAUCAGGACGUACUCGUCGAUGUUUGGCUUUCCCUGGACAAAUCAAUCGGUGAAUUGUCAAUGGUAUAUAAAAAAUGAGUGCUUUGAUAUGGCUUAGGGUCUAUAAUCACGAUUUUGACGUCGACUUGCAAUUUGUUCAACUCCACAACAUUACUUCCUCAUGCUUAUAUCCUGGGCUCCAUAAUUUAUUCAAACAGGACAGUGACCAACACGAAAGUCACGAAAGCUUCGGCUACUUUGGUCACUGUGCACAUAUCAACCAACUUGUACAUCAUAUUUACUUUCCAUUAGUUACGAAUUUAUUUCUUCUGUAAUCUGUCGUAUUCUGUAUAAAUUGGGAUAGUGCGCAAUAAGCCUUUUUUUUGGUUUUAAACCUGUUGCCAGGUGUUUUUUACUGUUAUUAUUAUAUUUUUUUUUUAGCAGUUACAAAAAAAAAAUUAAAUUAAAUAAAACGAAAUAGAGAAAAAAUGGAGAAAAAAUACAAUAAAUAAAAGAAAGAGAAAAAAACUAGGCAUAAAGCCGAGGAAAUGAAGCAUUAAUGCUACUACUAUCACUACAUCAUUACUACGCUAAACAAAAACACAACGCACAACACACCUACAUCGCUAUACACUAACACUAAAUACUAAGCACGAGACACUAGGCAAGCGCCACCUGAGCGAAGAAACAAUUGAAAUAAGAAAAAGCUUCAUUACUGGAAGUUGUUGUGAAACAAUAGCUGCGCAUGUAAACACAAAAAUACUUUCAAACACAAUUUAGAACAAUAAAAUAUAAAAAUUGCGAACGUAGCCAGAAAGAACUGUUUAAACUACGCGAGAAUGUGUCGAUGCUCUUUUCCUAAUCCUUGUUUUUAAGCGGAAAGGAAGUGAGCUCCCCUUCAAAAAAAACGAUGCAAUAAAUUUGAAAUUGGUAAUUAAAUCCUGGAAAAGCUAGUUUAUAAUAAAAGCGGUGAAAGAAAUAUAUAGAAUUGAGAAAAAGGCAUGUAUAAUAAACAAAGAAUAACAAACGUCCAAACAGAAUUACGUGUACUAAAGUCCAUCGAUCAGCAACUUGUAAGGCUCAGAUCUGCUAAAAGCAGCCCUCUUUCCUUGCUUCCUGUCUUCCAACAUCUUGGGGAUUAGCUUCUUUCUCAUUUCCACGACUUGUUUCGGCAGAUCAGGUCCUAUUACAAAACCAGAUUCAUCUUCAAGGCACGAGCGGCGAGAGAACACUUCUUCGCGGGCAGGGUAUCUGAGGAAGCGUGCUAUGAUCCGGCUCUCGGUUCCCGAGGAUUACGCUUUUCUUUUCCUACUCGGUGGACUCGUUGGAAUUCGAUCCUGCGAGCAUCUUCGAUUCCCAAUUCCGUUUCACGGAAAUUAUACAAGGUUUCCUUAGUGUUCUCGUCCUUGCCUUCCUCGCACGCGGAUUCCGUAAAAGCGCAAAUUUUCCCGGCAUACUUCAAAAUUCAAAAGUUGCAGUUCGUUCCAGUUUGCGAUGAUCUUCCUCGGUUUUUUUCCUAAAAACUUCCAAGCUUGACUUUUCUUCUUCGACGUCCUUGUUCAGGCUACUUACACUAUUCUUCAGUUCAUUCAUCUCUCUGGAAGCAAUUUUUAAAUCAUUCUUGAUCAGUGCAACCUUAUUUUCCGAGGCACUUAUGGUAGCAUUUAUUUCAUCGACGGAAUUUUGGAGUAAUUUAAUUUGCAAAGUAAUGGCAUCCAGUUGGGUUAAGUUAGCCAAUAGUUCGUCAGCUUUGGAGGUGAAGAUUGGUGCCAUGUGUAGUGCUCUUAAGACAAUGUCGCUUUGCUCGGCUUCGGCGUCCUCCGGGAUCGUCAGGAUAUCCAAGUCUUCAAGUUCUUGCUCUUCUCUCCUAUGUUUAAAUUCAGGCGAGUUACUGCUACUAUCACUGCUGCUGUUUCUGCUCUUUCGCUUGAUUAAAGACAGCAAUUCCAUAUGAUAAAAAACAGAAAAAAAAAAACAGAAAAAAAGCGAAGUUUCCUCGGGAGCUCACGCAUCUACAUCCUUACACGUCCGAUCCAUGCUCGACACCAGUCCCUAGUGCGCAACAAACUUGACUUGACUUGUUCGACCGUAUUCCGAAUACGCUUCUCACUUUUUGUGAGUCAGCUAAGAAAUGGUAUAUAAUGCGCAUGUGCAUCAGCUGACUGUGUACCUUUAUGUACGAGCAGGAGCCCUUACGAGCCAUGACUUGUAUCAAAAUUGGUGGCUCUGAAAAGAGCUGUUGGUUCAGUUGUUAUACCUUUUGUGUGCGGACAUCGAAUUUCUCACGUCCAAGAGUAGAGAAUUUCCUAAAUGUGUGUGAUGGGGAGCUUCAUUUUGUAAUUCCAUAGAGAUAUCGGACCUAAUUAGUCUUCUACUUUCGCUGUAGUCUCCAUUUCUGUAUUCUUCCCUUCUUGUCUAUACUCGUCAGUUCAUUACUCGCUGAAACUAGCCUGAUCUGUAGGCGGGAAUGUUAACAAAAACAACCAAAAAAGGAAAACUUUAUUUCUCCACGGUGGAAGAAUCAACAGGCAAGGGAAAAUAAUCACAAAUAAUAUACUAGGUCUGAUUAAAGCUAAAAAUAAUUUUAUAGUAACAAUAAUAAGAAUAUAAUAUUAAUAAUAAAAAUAUAAGGUACCUUUUUUCAUGAAUGCCUACAAAAUGGUUAUCGUCCGUGUUUUUAAAGGAAAUCACUACAGCCGGAUUUAAAUUAAAGAGGAAAGCAGGGAAACUAUUCCACGGCACCAGACCUCUGUAACUAAAACUACUUUUGGCAUUUUGGCAUAAUUGAUAAAUGUCAUUGGAAAAGUUAGCUUUCCUUCGGAACCCUAUGAGAUUCAUAACUAGAGUAUUUCAUUACGAUGAAAAAAAAAAGAAUGCAAAUAUUGCAGGGCGAGACCAUUCAAAGACUUGUAGACCAUAGCCGCAGUUUAAAUUUUCCUUUGAGUUGGCUUCAUGGUGGAUUGAUUUAAGAGUAGGUAGAACGGACAGUGGACUCAACAAGCGUUUCAGUUAUUACUAUAAACACAAUCUAUUUCAUGAUGCAUGUAGUGAAACGAAAUAUGUUUUGCAGCGAAUCGACUUCAUGAAGUGGAGGCAGCGAGGCCUAGCGGUUAGAGCGCUGGACUUGUAAUCCGGAAGCUCCGAGUUCAAGUCCCGCCCUAACCGUUAUUAAUAGGGAACUUAACCACCAGACGUUCUUGGCACCACGGACGCCAACCGGAAGUAUUUUUGCAGCAUGACGGCCACUGCACAUGAAAAGACGUUCUUGAGCUGCGGUCAUGGACUUCAAAAACGCGAGUUCUCAGGUUGAAACCAGCGGUUCAAAUUCGGGGUUCUUUGAAGAGUAUUCGUCCUACAAAAGUAGAAAUUCUUCGUCUGAAAUCAUCUUUGAAAGACCUUUUCAACUGAAUUAUUCUGUUGCCGUUCUUGAUGGUUUCACGUUGUUUUGCGUAAUGAUUUGCAUUUGGCGCGCAAACGGCGUCCCCGAUCCAGUUCUGCGCGGCCAGGCAUGCAUGCCGUUCGUGAAUCAAGCACGUCUGGUGCUUUAAAGUUCCGUAAUAUUAUUAUAAACGACCAGACUCUUCAGAAAUAGCAGUCAAAGGGUUGGGCAUGCAUUGGGGUGAAAUAAAGAUCCCAUGAUUCCCAUCCCCGCCUUCUUUGACUUGUCACAACUUCAGGGGCAUUUGUUAGUAGGCUAUUGAAAUUAAACAACUCACUAUUUAUUUGUUUUGUCUUCAACUUGGGCCCAACUCAACAAAAUGAAGCGUUUUUUGCAUUACCCCAAAUACCCGAAGUAUCCCACCUAGUUUUCAUCACUUACAAUUUAUAGUGAUUUUUCACGUAAAUCAAAACACGUUGAAUGAACUUCAUUAACUGUAUCAACUGCAUGCUUACCUUAUAAUCGUCGGAGGUCGCCAGUCUGUUAGAAAUUAACAUAGUUGAUAAGAGGGUAGGAGCCUUUUAGUCGGGUACACAGAGAACCAAAAUGUGUCACCCACGAGCAUUCUGUGCGUUCUCGCCUGCCUUCCCUGCCCCCUUCCUUAUUUGCCCUCUGUGAAGUCUGUGACUCUGAUCGUAGAUUGUUGUUUGAUGGAUUUUUACUGUCAUUCAUAGGUGUUGAUGAACAAGGUUUGGUUUGGAAAGUCCUUGUCGGACGCGGUUGAUGAUCCUCGAGUUCACCAAAACCUUGUACCAGAAAUGAACGUCGAAGUUGAAAAGAAGAAAAAGUAUCGUCUUCGUAAGAAUAUACAAGAUGGCUUAAGAGCGUUCGGACACAAAGUAGUGGUGGCAAGUGACAGUGAUUUCGCUGUGGUACAAGCCGUGUAUCGAAAAACUGGAGAGGGCAUUUAUGCAAAGUCUGACCCAAGAAAAUAUGGAGCUCCCGCGGGAGCCUAACAUGUUUGUCCCAAAGUUAACGGUACUGUUACCGUAAAACUUCAGGUUAUAACUUCAGGCUAUAACGCUGGAUUCAAUAAUAGUUUUAUUAUUCAUUCCAAAUAUUUCUAAGUUCUUUACAAGCUUGCCUCCUUGUAGACUUUCUCCUAAACAGGUUAGCCUAUUUCUUGACACAGUUCCACGCUAUAGAGUGUUUUCACAUGACGUCACGGCGGCCAUCUUGGUGUCCCAAAACAAUGAAACGGCGGCCAUGUUGGUGUCCCAAACCAGUCCUGUGGGAGUGGAACUCUUUUCUUAUGCAAACGCUUUCUUUUGUUCCGAUAGAUGCUGACCACGUGAGUGCAAACACUCUAUAGAUCGCUAGAUGUCUUUUCUUGGAUACUCCUAAAAACGUAGAUAGCAUCCAUCGAGCAAAAUGUUUUCUGCUUUCUUGCAUUUCUUCCGUUAGUUUUUGGUGAGAAAUUCAGCCAUUUCGUAUUCGGAAAGCCGUGAACGCUAUUUUUUAGUUAAUUUGUGCCAUGAAAACAGUUUGGCGGCCGUGCCUGGAAGCGAGGUUGAUCGAUGGUCUAUUGCCUAUGUAACUCAGUUUGCAACAAAUACACCAUUGAUCAGCCUCGUUUACACCAUCGAAUCGAUGGUUUUUUGCUCGCAUCUUCCAAAUUUGGUCAGCGCUGGUUGGUUAUGAAGAAUUAGUCAGGGGAUUAGAGCCAAUCAGAACGGCGAAAUAUUUUGAUUUUAAAAUACAAUCAACAAUAUUAACUUCGCCGUCUGCGUAUAUUUGAUCAACUCAAGGUAUUUCAAAAUUUUUUGUUAUUCCCCUCUAAGCCAACUCGGAUAUUAACACCCACCU